AUGGAAUACCCGAAGCCAGACACUCAUGUGAAAAUAAUAACUGAAGAUUCAUUACAAGCAAAAGCACAUUCAUUGGGAGUUGAAGGAAGUGUAAAAUUAAGCCUCAUAGGUGGCUUAAUUAACAUUGAUGGAUCUGCUAAAUUUGCUGAUGAUUCUAACAAAUCGAAUCAUGUAACUCGCCUUACGUUAAAAUAUCAUACAACAACAAAAUUUAAGGAAUUGACGAUGAAUCACCUUGGGGCAGGUAGAAUACGUCAUCCAGAAUUAUUCGACUCAAAUAUAGCAACACAUGUAGUUACUGGUGUACUUUAUGGUGCUGAGGCAUUCUUUAUAUUUGAUCGUGUUAUAUCAGAAGAAGAAAACAAAAAAGAGGUUGCUGGUACUUUACAUGCUGUGAUUAACAAAAUACCAAUGUGCAAAAUAGAAGCAGAAGUCAAGUUGAAUUUGAACGAAAAUGAACGAAAUUUUGUCGAUAAAUUGAAUUGUACAUUUUACGGUGAUUUUAAAUUGGAUACAAAUCCUCGUAAUUUCGAAGAUGCUAUUAGAAUCUAUGCCGAUUUACCAAAAUAUUUAGGAGACAAACAACAAAAUGCUGUACCAAAAAAAGUUUCGCUAUAUCCAUUACAUCGAUUAGAUAGUAAAGCGAUGAAAAUUGUUAGAGAUAUUUCAUCAAGCGUUGUCGAUUACUGUGUGAAUUUUCUUCAAGAUCUUCAAGUAUUGGAAAUACGUGUAUUGGAUUUAACAACAAGUAAAAUGUUUACAUAUUUCAGCUAUAUGCAACAGCAACUAUCCGAUUUUGCUGCUCGGCUAUCAGAAUUAGACCGUGACUUGAAAAAACAAAUGAUAUCAAUUUUACCAACCGUACGAGGUGGUGGUUCCGAAGAAUCCGCUUUGCUCACUUUAUUCAAAAAGGUCGAUAUAUCACCAUUUAAUAAACAAAAACUUACUUCAUGGGUUGAAGAUAAAGAGAAGGAAGUUUCUCUCAUGGAACAGUUUAUCUCAGCUUUAACGAAAAACUCGAAAGCAAAUAUUACAGUGAAGUCGUCAUCGCUCAAUGAUACAAUUGGUGAUCUUAGUUAUGAAUAUAUUUUAUGUCUAUCGUUUCGUUUUACGGACGAACAGGAUCCACAACUUGAAGAUAUGUCGAAUUAUCUACAAGGUACAGAUGGCUUGAAUAGUGGGAAAGCAAAUUUAGCAUGGUUCAAAAAUAGUUCUGUUUUGAGUAAAACUCGUACUAGUUUACGACAGUUCAUUGAAUUCGCUGCAAGUAAUGCUAAUACAAGUAGUAAUAUAAAAUUUGUUGUCAAUGAAGAAUAUCCCACAGAUAGUGUUAAGCAAGCUCUACUUGUACUGUAUGAGAAUGGGGUUCCGAAUGAAAGUUUCGUGAUUCCCAGUAAACCGAAGGCACCACGUAAAACUAAUGCAACAGAUGACAGUAUUACACUUGCAUGGGACGACGCACAAAUCGGAUCCGAAGAAAUCAAAUACUAUGAAAUUAUGUAUCUUUAUGUUAGUGCUGAAAAACAAGUUGUUCCUGAUGAAAAUUCUCCCGGGGCAUGGACUGCUGUUGCGACGGAUGACGCCAAAAAAGAGAAGCAUAUAUCAAAUCUGCCGGCUGGUGUACCAUUUCUAUUUAAAGUGCGAUCAGUAACUGAAAUUGGUGUCAGUGUAUUUAGUGAAAAUAGUCAAAUAAUUCUAACUCUUGGUACAGUUGUUCAUUCAUUACGUGCAAGCUCCAUUGAUAUUCAUCCAAAUGCUCGAUGGCAACAGAAUGGUCUCACUGUCGCUGGAGGAAAUGGAGAUGGCAAUGGAAUCAAUCAACUCUACAACCCAUGUGGUUUAUAUGUGGAUGAUGAUCAAACAAUUUAUGUUGCUGAUCAAUACAAUCAUCGUAUUGUAGAAUGGAAAAGGGGUGCAACGAAUGGACAAGUGGUUGCAGAUGGAAAUGGAGAAGGAAGUGGAACUCAUCAAUUGUCUAAUCCAUUAGAUGUGAUUGUCGACAAAGAGACUGAUAGUCUCAUCAUCUGCGAUUAUUUGAAUGAAAGAGUAGUUCGAUGGCCUCGUCGAAAUGGGACAAGUGGAGAAACAAUUAUCUCCAACAUCGAUUGUUGGGGUUUGACAAUGGACGAGAAUGGAUCUCUCUAUAUCAUUGACAAUGUAGAACAUGAAGUGAGACGAUAUGGAAGAGGAGAAUCUCAAGGAACAGUUGUUGCAGGUGGCAAUGGAAGUGGAAAUCGUCUCGAUCAAUUCUAUUGCCCACAAUACGUAUUCGUCGAUCGAAAUAAUUCAGUAUAUGUGUCUGAUGGUGGAAAUGAUCGUGUGAUGAAAUGGGUGGAAGGUGCAAAACAAGGCGUUGUCGUGGCUGGUGGUCAAGGAAAAGAAAAUGGUCUUACACAAUUGUGGAAUCCUCGAGGAGUCGUUGUCGAUGAAUUGGGCACUAUCUAUGUGGCUGAUGGAGUAAAUAAUCGAGUCAUGCGUUGGACGAAAGGAGCUACACAAGGAAGUGUCAUUGUUGGUGGAAAUGGAAGAGGAGGACAAUCGAAUCAACUCAAUGGGCCCUCCGGUUUAUCAUUCGAUCGACACGGCAAUCUCUAUGUCGUCGAUUUCGAAAAUCAUCGAGUACAAAAAUUCAACAUCGAAUCCAAUAAAUAA